CCGAGGAACCUUCAGGUACAGUAUCUGCGAGAGCCAUUGCCUUAUUUCUACCCAUUCUUUCCUAUUUGUAUUCCUAACGCCACAAACCUUCUUCGCUGCCAUAUGAUCAUUCUUAAAUCAUGAAAAUAGUCACAUUUUCUGACAAAUCUUCAUUUUAUUCCACAGGAGCAAAGAUUUCAAAACUCCAAAAACUCGGCAGAAGGAUCUCCAGCAUCUUUAGAUGUAGUAAGAGGGAUUCUAGCUGCAGUAAAAUUGUAGCCCAACCCAUUGUCCCAGGACAAUGUGGUUCUUCAGAGGCUACACGCAAACUGUAUGAGGAACACAUACAGGAUACAGAGAGACAGACAAGAGAGAAAGAAGUGAGUGUAAGAAGGAAAACUCUAGAUGAAGAAGCUCGAGAAGAAGCAAAGAUAUUUGCGAUGCAGCAGAGACUGCGAAAUCUAGAGAAAGAGAGAUGGAAAAUUCUUGAGGAAGAUUUCCAAAAGCAAGCCAAGAUGGAGGCUAUGCAACAUAAACUGAGACAUGUGCUACUUAAGGAAAGAAUAAAAGUUCUAGAGAAACAAACGGAAGAGGUAGCCAAUACUCAGAUAAUGAAGCGCAAACUGAAAAAUGUGCUACUUUGGGAAAAAACAAAAAUUGAAAAUAAAGAAGCCCAAAAAGAAGCCCAUGGAUUGAUACUUAAGCGCAAACUGAACAAUGUGCUACUUUGGGAAAAAUUCAAAAUUCAGAAUAAAGAAGCCCAAAAAGAAGCCCAUGGACUGAUACUGAAGCGCAAACUUAACAAUGUGCUUAUUUGGGAAAGAAUGAAAAUACAGAAGAAAGAAGAACAAAUGAAAUCCAAGAGACGGAUAUUGAAGAGCGAAGAGGAAAAUAUAUUAUUAUAUGAAAGAAUUUUAGAGAAAGAAGUCCUGGAAAAGGACCCUCAGAGCAUGGCAGCUUCUCCCAUCUCUUCUCCAGAAGCAGAUGGGGAGUCAGUAGGCAGCCAAAGGGCUGAGGCAGGAAGCCGUUACAUUAGUAACAGCUUUGAAAAGAAGAUAGAGAAGGCAAAUCGUAAGCAAUAUUUAUCUGACUUGCUUGUUCCUUACACACAUACACAGCAACAGUCCCAGGCUGGAGUCAUGUACUAAAUAUAUGUUAAGCUAAAUCUCUCAGAACAAUAUAUAUACUGUAUAUAAUUGUAUGGUUAGUGUAAGUACAGAGUUGGAAGACACUUAAGUCUGAACAUUCAUGUUAUCCCUUCAAUUCUCUAUGGUUAUUGGUUCCAAACUAGUGACUCCGAUCUCAACCAAUUGUUUUUUCUUUUUUUCUAAUCAGGAUCAUCAGAGGAACGUGUAACAUGUGAUUCUCCCAAUGAGUUGAGGAUAAAGACACAUUUCCAUGAUCUUAUAGAAAGAAUUGAUACUGCCCUGAACCAGACAGAGGUCGACACAAGGUUUGAGAGAAUUGCACCAUCUAUUGAGGACUUUCAGCUCCAAUCAAUUCUUGGUGACGGUUCAUUUGGAACAGUGUAUCGGGCACAAUACAGAAAAACAAAAGAGAUCGUUGCACUGAAGGCAAUAGAAAUGCACGACCUGAACAGCUACAAUACAUUUGGACAAAUUGUGCUAGAGCAGCGCAUCCUUAUGCUGGCGAAUAAGGAGAGGUGCCAUUUCCUAGUUGGAUUAUUCGCCUCCUUUCAGACAGAACAUCACGUCUGUUUUGCUAUGGACUAUGCUGAAGGGGGCGACUUGGUUUGCCAACUGGAUGAGGAUGGAAUAUCAGUAGAGAGAACUCAAUUUUAUGCAGCCUGCAUUGUACUUGGCCUGCAGUUCCUGCAUGAACAUAACAUCGCCCAUAGGGAUUUAAAACCAGAGAAUAUCCUAUUGGAUAGCGAUGGAUAUGCCAAGAUUGCAGACUAUGGACUCAGCAGAGAAGGAAUGACCUAUGACACCUUAGCCUACAGCGAAUGUGGAUCUCUGUAUUAUAUGGCCCCAGAAAUAUUCCGAGAGGGCUACUAUACAAGAUCCGUAGACUGGUGGUCGCUGGGCGUUAUUAUUUAUGAAAUGCUUGUUGGAAAUUUGCCCUUCCGAGGAAAGGAUGAAACUCGGACUAUUGCGAUGAUUACCAGUUCUGAGCCGACAUAUCCGGAACAUCUAACUGUGGAAUCCCGCAGUAUAUUAGUAAAUCUCCUGAACAAAACUCCACAUAAUCGCCUUGGAGCAGGAGAACACGGCGCUGAGGAUAUAAAGAACUCAGCUUUCUUCCAGGGAUUCGACUGGGAAGCUCUUAUGAAAAAACAAAUUCAGGCCCCAUUUAUUCCCAAGAGGAAUAGAACGGAAUCUUCUCAGCAAUCUAAAAAAUCCCUGGAACUGAAGCCAGACAUGAUCCCAGAACCAUUGUGGGAAGAAACCAAAUGGGCCUUAAAAGAACUUGAAUAUAUUGUGGAAACAUGAAAAGCAUAAAUGCCUAUAAAUAUGUGGCAUAAGAAUGACUUGAACACAUGGACCUCAAUGGGCCUGGAAUGAAGAAUCUUUUGGUGUUAUGGAGAAGAGGUGUUGGGGAUGGAAAUAAUUAACCAGGCCAGAAGUUUGCAUUGAGGUCCCUAGGUCCGUAUUCGAAGCUCCCGAGCUAUGGAUUAUUUACACUGAACUCGGGAACGGCGCAGACAAGAUGCAUCAUCUGAAUUCUUGUAACGCUACCAACCCUGGUGGUCUAGUGGGACGGGGGGGACCUCCUCCAUAGCCCACCGGGGGUAGGUACCAUUACAGAGAUCAGUAUAAAAUGAUCAAGAGGAGAAUACGACAGACGGGCCGAGAAUCCGGCAGUGAUAUGGACCAGGAGUGUUGGGGGCAACAAGUUGGAGCACCUAUGGCCCCUGGGUCACUAGUUUGUGCCACUGACUCAAAAACUACAAUAAUAUUAAAUAAAAAUACAUUGAAAAUUAGUAAAAUUAUUGUGGUCUGCCUUCUAUUUAUAUUUUAGGUAUAUUCU